GUGUAUAUUAUGUAAUGUUAACUGAAACACACUUAUUACGUGACCCUUCUAAACUAAAAUAAUCAUGCAUCUAACAUGGUGAAACUAUAAUUCAUUACUAAUAAAAAUAAAAUUACACGAGGGUUAUGUGACCUUAAAUAGUGCUAAAAUUAUAGAAACUAACAAAUGACAAGUAAUAUUUAGUAUCUACUAAACUAUAUCACUACAUCUACUAAUCUUGCCAUACCUAUAAUAAUAAUAAUAAAAAAAAUCAAAACUUGUACCAAUUUUCUUACUAUCUUCUAUAAUGUCUCAACUUCAUCUCCUAUAUGGAAUUUUUGUUAUUACCAUCUUCUUAAUAUACAAAUUAUAUCAGCUUUUAAGGUUCAAGCUCCCCCCUGGCCCUCACCCCUGGCCAAUCAUUGGAAAUCUUCACAUUACCUUGAAUAAUCCAUUAACUUUCCAAGGGUAUUUCGAGUUAGCACAAGCUUACGGUCCAAUCAUAUCUGUUUGGCUAGGUUCGAACCUAAACGUUGUCGUUUCGAACUCAAAACUUGCUAAAGAAGUGCUCAAAGAUAAUGAUCGAAAACUAGCCAAUCGACAUAGGACUUGGCCACUGGCUAAGAUUACCAAAGAUGGCUCUGAGUUAAUUUGGGCCGAUUAUGGGCCUCACUACUUGAAAUUGAGAAAGAUAUGCACACUUGAGCUCUUCUCUUCUAGGAAGCUUGAGGACCUUAGACACAUUAGAGAGGAGGAAGUCAGGUCCAUGAUUAAGUCCAUUUACAAAGAGUCUAAUAGUGUUAAUGGGAAAAGUUUGGUUGUAAGAAAGUUUUUAGGAUCAGUGACUUUCAAUUAUUUAUCAAGGCUAGUGUUUGGUAAACGAUUUGAGAAUGAAGAAGGUGAGUUAGACCAGCAAGGAUUAGAAUUUAAAGCAAUUGUGAGCAAUGGAAAUGAGAAUGGAGCUUCAAUUUUUCUACACAUGAUUGAGAAUAUUUGGUGGCUUAAGUGGGUGUUUUUCCUUCCAAACAAAGGAUUCUCUCAACACUUGGCUCGUAGGGACAAACUUAUUCAGGAUAUAAUAGAGGAGCACAAGAUAAACAAGGCUAACAUUGGGAAUUUUGUUGAUGUGUUACUUUGUCUCAAGGAUAAGUAUCAACUUAGUGAGGAUACCAUAAUGGGACUACUUUGGGACAUGAUAACAGCCGGAAUGGAUACAAUUGCAAUCUCUGUUGAGUGGGCUAUGGCGCAAUUGAUCAAUAAUCCAAGAGUACAAAAGAAGGCCCAAGAAGAGCUAGAUCGUGUAAUUGGGCCUAACCGAGCCAUGAAUGAAUCUGAUUUGAUAAACCUUUCAUACUUACAUUGUGUGGCUAAGGAGGCACUAAGGCUGCACCCUCCAACUCCACUCAUGCUACCCCACAAGGCUAGUGAGACUGUCAAGAUUGGUGGCUAUGAUAUCCCUAGAGGAACCAAUGUGCAUGUAAAUAUAUGGGCCAUUGGGCGUGAUCCAAAUUUGUGGGCCGACCCACUAGAGUUUCGACCAGAGAGGUUUAUAAGGGAGAAUGUGGACCUAAAGGGCCAUGACUUUCGGUUAUUACCAUUUGGGGCUGGGAGGCGAAUAUGCCCUGCGGCUCAACUCGGCACCAACUUGGUUACAUCAAUGUUGGGCCAGCUUUUGCACCAAUUUAACUGGACUAGGCCUAAAGGCGUGCUUGGGGAGAUUGACAUGGCUGAGACCCCUGGGUUGGUCUCUUUCAUGCGUACCCCUUUGCAAGUUGUGCCUACAAUUAGGUUGUCAACGCACAUGUACAACAAGGCUAUGAUUUAGCUUAUUAUGGGUUUUAGUUUUUUCAAGUUGUGCUUUUCUAAAUUUUAACACUAUAAGGAACUAUAAUUAGAGAAAAUAAUAUUAAAGAAUCUAGCUGUUUUUACUCUUUUUGGGUACACUUUUUUAUUUCAAUGUAUAAUGCUCAAUUAACACAGUUUUAAUUCAUUCUUAUGAAGUCAUUUAAUUGAAUC